UUUUGUUUGAGACUGGAUACAGUUGAAAGCAAACCACACAGCAACGAGAGGGUAUGAUGGCUAAGAAGCCUCCGAAACCAGCCCCUAGAAAGAUCUUCCAAGAAAGAUUAAAGAUUACUGCUCUACCGUUGUACUUUGAAGGUUUUUUAUUAGUCAAGCGGUCAGAAUACCAGGAGUAUAAACAUUAUUGGACAGAAUUGAGAGGAACUACACUUUUCUUUUAUACCGACAAAAAAAGUACAAUAUAUGUUGACAAGUUAGACAUAAUAGACCUCACAUGCCUUACUGACCAGAAUUCAACUGAAAAGAAUUGUGCAAAAAUCACCCUUGUUUUGCCAAAAGAGGAAGUGCAACUGAAGACAGAGAACAUAGAAAGUGGGGAAGAAUGGAGAGGCUUCAUUCUCACAGUAACAGAGCUGUCAGUUCCUCUACAUGUGUCACUCCUUCCUGGACAAAUAAUUAGACUGCAUGAAGUCCUAGAGAGAGAAAAGAAAAGGAGGAUUGAGACCGAGAGGAUACCUAGUUCAUCUAUGGAAAAAGAGAAGGAACCAAUUGAAGAUUAUGUGGAUGUACUGAAACCUAUGCCAGCAUGUUUUUAUACAGUAUCCCGGAAAGAAGCAACUGAGAUGCUUGAGAAGAACCCUUCCUUGGGAAAUAUGAUCCUGAGACCUGGUAGUGACAGUAGAAACUACUCCAUCACUAUCCGGCAGGAGAUAGACACGCCAAGAAUCAAGCACUACAAAGUGAUGAGUGUAGGAAACAACUACACUAUUGAACUGGAAAAACCUGUUACACUCCCAAAUCUUUUCAGCGUCAUUGAUUAUUUCAUGAAGGAGACUCGAGGAAAUUUACGACCAUUUAUAUAUUCAACUGAUGAAACCCUUGGCCAAGAACCCACCAUAGAAGGGAGAGGAGAGAGGUUGAAGAAAAAUCUACAUAUUGCAUGAACCAAAAUGGGAA